AUGCCUUCCCGGCGGCGGCUGCUAGCUGCCAGCUUGCUGGGCAUCGGUUGCUCGACAUGGCCUCUUGCGAGCGCUGCAAAUGGCCAGCACCAGGUGCCUCUCAGCAAGGCGUGUCCCAACUACGCCUCGUAUGCCGCGUAUCCGCAUCGCCCGUUGAGCACCGGGCCCCUCGCUCUUCCCUUCCAGCGACCCGAUCCGAGAUGUCGAACCUUUCACUCAGACGAAAUCGAGCGAGUCAUCAAGGAGGUGACGUCGAGGAUGGCGGACCCGGAUCUUGCGCGAUUGUUCGAGAACGCCUUUCCGUCCACGACGGACACGACAGUCAAGUUCCACACGAACGGCAAGGACACGGCGUUUGUCCGCAUGGCCGGCUCCCGGUCGUCACAAGACGAGGGUGCCUGGCAAGGUCCGCAGUCCUUCAUCAUCACCGGCGACAUCAUAGCUGAGUGGCUGCGCGACUCGACAAACCAGCUGCGGCCAUACCAGCCGCUUGCCACAAAAGACCCGGCCAUUUUUGAUCUGCUGCUAGGAGCCAUCAAUACGCAGGCCGAGUACGUCAUCGAGUCUCCGUACUGCAAUGCCUUCCAGCCGCCGCCCAUCAGCGACCUGCCCAUCACCUCCAACGGCCAGGACGAUGUGGUCCACCCCGCGUACGAACCCAGCGCCGUCUUCGAGUGCAAGUACGAGCUGGACUCGCUCGCCCACUUCUUGGCCCUCGCCAACGACUUUUACGACCACACCGCUUCGAUCGACUUCCUCAAUGAUCGUUGGUUUCUGGCCGUCGACACGUUGCUCGAGGUUCUGGAGCACCAGUCGCAACCCACGUUUGACCCCGAGACAGGGCGCUACCGCAGAAACGACUACACCUUCCAGCGGUCGACCAACACGGGGACUGAGACGCUCAACCUGCAAGGCGUCGGCAACCCGCUCAACAGUGGCACAGGGCUUGUCCGGUCGGCGUUUCGCCCCAGCGACGAUGCAACCAUUCUCGGCUUCUUCAUUCCCGCCAAUGCGAUGAUGUCGGUGGAGCUUGGCCGUACCUCCAAGUUGCUGAAGGCGGCGAAGAAGGACCCUCUCGCUGAGAAGCUCGGCAAAUGGAGUAAAAAGUUGCGGGCCGGCGUGAUGGAGCAUGGUGUGGUGAAGCACAAGAAGUACGGCGACGUGUUUGCGUACGAGGUUGACGGAUACGGUUCGUCCAUUCUAAUGGACGAUGCAAACUAUCCCUCCCUCCUGGCUCUCCCUGUCAUGGGCUUUGUCGAUGUCAACGACCCUACCUAUCAAAACACAAGGAAAAUGCUGCUCGACAAGCUUGGCAACCCGUAUUUUCUGAAGGGCAAGGAUUUCAAGGGAAUCGGAGGACCGCACAUUGGGCUGCGAAACGCGUGGCCGAUGAGUCUGUUGAUCCAGGCACAGACGUCCGACUCGGAUGAAGAGAUCAAGGAGUGUCUGAACUAUGUGCUCAAGUCAGCCAAGCUCGGGCUGGUGCACGAGAGUGUCGACGUCAACUACCUCAGCCAGUAUACGCGCAGCUGGUUUGCGUGGGCGAACGGCGUCUUUGCGGUGACGAUACUGGAUCUGGCCAAGCGGAAGCCGCAUCUUAUUUUCGAGCAUGGGGCCGCACCUUACGAGGUCUAA